AUGCACUCAGGAAUACUAUUCAUAAGCGUACUUCUGCUUAUAUGCUGGGGGAUACAGCUCCUACCGGUAAUCUCGGUGCCCAUCACAGGAAAAAGUACAAAUUACAACCUAAAUUUGUCCCACUAUAACAACGUCUCUUUUGGGGUCUUUGGAGUAUGUGACACAGUACAAGGCACAUGCUCUUCCCCGAAGAUUGGCUAUGAGGAUGACACCCCGAUCAUGUACCCUGGCAAUUUCCAGGAGCUUGACCCUCUGUCAUCAUUUGCUGAAGUUGAGUUACCGUCUAAUGUGACUUAUUUGAUUUCAAAGCUUUUGGUGUUGCAUGUAGUGGCUUUUGGCUUCACCUGCCUACUAGCCUUGCAGUCAAUAUCGCUUUUGUUGAUGGACAGUGUGAAAGUGAAUAAUCUGCUUACGGCUAGAGUAUUGAAAAGGUGGCGGAAGCUUCGAAAUCGAUGGUCUACAUCUAAACAAAGCUCUUCCCUUCGCGUGUCAUCCAAAACCACCCCUGGGAGGAAGCACAAUUACCGGCAACUAACAAUAAUGUUUCUGUUUGCCAUUUUAUCUUUUCUUCUGAGCUUACUUGCGUUCUUAGCUGAUUUUGUGCUAUUUGUACCUAACCUUGGGCCUUUGGGCUGGAUCCAAAUGUUGCCCGUGCUGAUCAUGGCUAUUAUCGCAUCUUUUUCUUGUUUUCUAAAAAGAUCAAUACAGUCUAGAAGACAUCUUAAUGACUCCGUCUAUCUUGCCGACGAUAUGAGAGGCAAAAACACAAUAUUCGUCGAGUGGGAUGAUGAUACGCAUUCUGACGAUGGGGUGAUUAUCUAUUCCAAUGGCUUCACCAGCGAGCACGUUGACGAAGAGCAAGAAAUUUCGGCGCUGUUGCUUUUUGAAUCCGAGACGCAAUCGCUUUCCAGUCAUCAUAAUCUGAAUAGUGACCGGCAUUCAAUCAAUCUGCAUUUAUCUACCGUUUGA